GGCGACCGCUGGGCCCGCGGCAAGUGACGGGCGGCCGGCCGAGGGGAGCCGGGGCGGGGCGGCGGCGGCCAGCGAGCGAACGCGCGGGCGGCCUGGCCCCGCCCCGGUGACCUUCACGGCCUGGGCGGCGGGCGCAGGCCGGGCGGCGGCGGCGGCGGCGGCGCGAUGUUCGUGCAGGAGGAGAAGAUCUUCGCGGGCAAGGUGCUGCGGCUGCACAUCUGCGCGUCCGACGGCGCCGAGUGGCUGGAGGAGGCGACCGAGGACACGGAGGUGGAGAAGCUCAAGGAGCGCUGCCUCAAGCACUGUGCCCAUGGGAGCUUGGAAGACCCCAAAAGCGUGGCCCAUCACAAACUGAUGCACGCUGCUUCGGAGAGGGUGCUGAGUGACGCCAAAACAAUCUUGGAGGAGAACGUCCACGACCAAGAUGUCUUGUUGUUGAUAAAGAAACGUGCUCCGACUCCACUUCCUAAGAUGGCUGACGUCUCGGCAGAAGAAAAGAAGAAACAAGAGCAGAAAGCCCCAGACAGAGAGGCUAUCUACCGAGCCACCGCCAACGUGCCGUCCCACAACAUGGACCGGGCCGAGGUCCAGACCAACAUCAGGGACUUCCAGACAGAACUCCGGAAGAUCCUGGUGUCGCUCAUCGAGGUGGCGCAGAAGUUAUUGGCGCUGAACCCGGACGCGGUUGAACUAUUUAAGAAGGCGAAUGCAAUGCUGGACGAGGAGGAGGAUGGCAGAGUGGACGAGGCCGCCCUGCGGCAGCUCACGGAGAUGGGCUUCCCGGAGACCAGGGCCGCCAAGGCCCUUCGGCUGAACCACAUGUCGGUACCUCAGGCCAUGGAGUGGCUGAUCGAGCACGCGGAAGACCCGACUGUUGACACGCCUCUCCCAGGCCAGGCCUUGCCGGAAGGGGCACAGGCCGAGGCUGCCCCCGAGGCCGCCCCAGAGGCUUCUGGGACGAGCACGGGAGACGAGGAGCCCAGAGAUGAGCUAACGGAGAUCUUCAAGAAGAUCCGGAGGAAAAGGGAGUUUCGGGCUGACUCUCGGGCGGUCGUUGCGCUGAUGGAGAUGGGCUUCGACGAGAAGGAAGUGAUGGACGCCCUCCGAGUGAACAACAACCAGCAGAAUGCCGCUUGCGAGUGGCUGCUGGGAGACCGGAAGCCGUCCCCCGAGGAGCUGGACAAGGGCAUCGACCCCGACAGCCCUCUCUUCCAAGCCAUUCUGGAUAACCCGGUGGUGCAGCUGGGCCUGACCAACCCAAAAACGUUACUAGCGUUCGAAGACAUGUUGGAAAACCCGCUCAACAGCAGCCAGUGGAUGAAUGACGCAGAGACGGGGCCGGUCGUGCUGCAGAUCUCCCGGAUCUUCCAGACCCUGAACCGCGCGUAGGCCACACGGCCGCCCCGCCCUGCUGCCCUGCGCCUGUCCCGGGAGCUCGGGCUGGCUGCAGCCGCAC